UGAGACAAAAACACACAAACACUAUCUUCUCUCCAUCUCUCUUACACUCAAAAUCACUGUAAUAACUUUUUAAACUACAAAUGACAACUUCAUCUGCAUCAACUCGCAAGGGUCUGACCAAAAUCGCCACUAAUAGACUACAGAAAGAGUUCAUGGAGUGGCAGACUAGUCCUCCUGCAGGUUUCAAGCACAGAGUCUCUGAUAAUCUCCAACGAUGGAUCAUUGAAGUGAAUGGAGCUCCAGGAACCCUUUAUGCCAAUGAAACUUACCAACUUCAAGUGGAAUUUCCUGAGCAUUAUCCUAUGGAAGCUCCACAGGUUAUCUUUCAGCAUCCAGCUCCACUCCAUCCUCAUAUUUACAGCAACGGUCAUAUUUGCUUGGAUGUUUUGUAUGAUUCAUGGUCGCCUGCGAUGAGACUAAGUUCAAUCUGUCUUAGUAUUCUCUCAAUGCUCUCAAGCUCAUCCGUUAAGCAAAAGCCUAAAGACAACGACCAUUACUUGAAAAACUGCAAAAAUGGAAGGUCCCCUAAAGAAACUAGGUGGCGGUUCCACGACGAUAAAGUAUAACAUCUAUGUGUGCCCUUUAAUAUUGUAACUAUAAACCAAAAUGUAAUGAUCUCAGGUUGAGUUCUUGACCUGUUUCUAUCUUCAAAACUAGAACAGCUCCUUUUCGCAGUUUAAU